AGACAAGGCGGUCCCGCGGCGGCGCUGGGCCUCGGCUGAGGGGCAGCAUGGGGCUGUGAGCUCAGGCCCCGCGCUCGCCAUGCCAGGCAAAGCCCAGCACUUCCAGGGUCCACAGGUCAGCUGCUGCGCCAAAUACCUGCUCUUCGCCUCCAAUGUGCUCUUCUGGUUGCUGGGGGCAGCUUUCCUAGCCAUUGGUUUGUGGGCUUGGGCAGAAAAGGGCGUACUUUCCAAUCUGUCAUCCAUCACAGACCUCGGUGGCUUUGACCCAGUCUGGCUCUUCCUUGUGGUUGGAGGGGUGAUGUUCGUGCUGGGAUUUGCUGGCUGCAUUGGGGCGCUGAGGGAGAAUACAUUCCUCCUCAAAUUUUUCUCUGUGUUCCUGGGGCUCAUCUUUUUCCUGGAGCUGACAGCUGGUGUCCUGGCCUUCAUUUUCAAGGACUGGAUCAAGGAUCAGCUCAACUUCUUUAUUAACAAUAAUGUCAAGGCAUAUCGUGAUGACAUAGACCUCCAGAAUCUCAUAGACUUUGCUCAGGAAUAUUGGUCUUGCUGUGGGGCUCAUGGACCUAAUGACUGGAAUCUCAACAUUUAUUUCAACUGCACUGACUCCAACCCCAGCAGGGAGCGUUGUGGGGUUCCCUUUUCCUGCUGCGUCAAGGAUCCUGCGGAGGACGUUCUCAAUACACAGUGUGGCUAUGAUGUCCGCCUUAAACUGGAGCUGGAGCAGCAGAGCUUCAUUCACACCAAAGGAUGUGCUGGUCAGUUUGAGAAGUGGCUCCAGGACAAUCUCAUUGUAGUGGCAGGGACCUUUGUGGGAGUGGCACUUCUCCAGAUCUUUGGUAUCUGCCUGGCACAGAACCUAGUGAGUGACAUCAAUGCUGUGAAGGCCAAUUGGUGACACCAGAAGAGAGACUUCGCUGUCUCCUACAGAUUCCUAGCUCUCCUGUAGGGCUGACGCCAAGUCUUCAGGCCACCACCACCAGGUGCUCCUAUGCCACCAACAAGCUCCUAGUGGGGGGUGGGGGUCAGGGCCACCAGCAUUAAUGACUGCCUGAUGCCCUUCCAUAGCUUUCUCUUCCUGGCUGGGGCACUUCUGUCAUGUAAAUAGUAUUUAUGUCAGGCUUCUGGAGGCUCCUUUGACCCACUGUAGAAUCUGUGGAGUCAGCAUCUCUUAUGCAUAUAGCGUAGAAGCAGUUCUGGAUUUUGUUAUGUGACCACAGGAGGCCCCUGUUGAUAAGGCAGCAUGGCUCAUCUGGCUUCCACUUGGGAAGCUAGUGGAAACCCAUUGUCCUAAAUCUGCUGCCUGGAGCAGCUUCACUCUUGUACCCUGUCCUAGGCCUCUACUUGAAUUCCCUACACUGUACUCCCCAUCUGCUCUGAUUUCCUACCUGCCAGGGAGAUUAAACUAGGGGUAACUCAAGGCUAAGUUCUCCUGUUCAAAUUAGAGUGACAUCUUAUUUUGUGGAUCAUACUCUUGGUUUCUGCUCUUCUCCUCCGAGGUCAGAACGAUAGGGAAGAUGCUAUCGUAUCUCACUGUGGACAGUAAUCUUCAGGCCUGUUUUUUUAAGGCUUACAUUCUCCCAGAUGUGUUUUCCAGUGGGAGUGAAGUGUGUCAGACAGAACCAAACAGAGUCCUAUUCAGUCCAACCCACCAAUAGGUAGAUUAAGAAUCUACUCUUAAGAGUUUGGAAGAACAUGAUACUGUAACAGAAAUGUAACAGAACCUGUUCUGAGCAUUUGAUUGCACCUGUUUGUAUAUGAGAGAAUCUUACCAGUUUCUUUAACUUAAAAGGUAAAUUUGAAUAUGGCUAAGCAGCCCGUUGUUUGUGUGACAAAUAUGCAGUCCUCUGUAUGCAAUAUCUAUUUCUCUGAAGGGCCCACAGAGGGGAUUUUAGACCCCUUGAACCAAGUUUUGUCCUUGGCUGGACAUAAUGCAACCUUUUGUUCCACUAAUUGGCUCUUAGCCAUGCAGGGUACCUGUGCAUCGUGGAAUGGCACAUGGCUGAGAGAGAUUUUGCACUGAUACAUCUGUCUGCAUUGCUAUAAUGUAGGUUCUACUACUUCCUUUCGUUUUGAUGAGAUUUUUCCCUAACCUCACUGGACUUUGUUGCUGGCAGGAUUGUUCAAGUACUGUGGAAUUAUGUUGCCCUACUCUGCCCAAUAAAGCACUUGCUACCAAA